UGGGCACGCCGCCUACUUUGCCACCGUACAGUUGGGGUGCGCUCAGCGCCAAGUUUGGGUUUGCAGGUGGAUCAUGACGCGGCUGCCAAAGCUUGCGGUUUUUGAUCUGGAUUACACGCUCUGGCCUUUCUGGGUUGAUACACACGUAGAUCCCCCAUUCCACAAGAGCAGCGAUGGAACUGUACGAGAUAGUCGGGGCCAGAACAUCCGAUUGUACCCGGAGGUGCCCGAAGUAUUGGAAAGGUUGCAGAGCCUUGGAGUGCCGGUCGCUGCUGCUUCACGGACAAGUGAGAUAGCAGGGGCCAACCAACUCCUGGAGCUCUUUGACCUUGGCAAAUACUUUAUUCAUCGAGAAAUCUAUCCAGGCAGCAAAGUCACACACUUUGAAAGGUUGCACCACCAAACCGGAGUUCCUUUCUCUCAGAUGGUCUUCUUUGAUGAUGAGAAUCGGAAUAUCAUAGAUGUUGGCAAACUUGGCGUUACCUGCAUUCACAUCCGGGAUGGAAUGAGUCUUCAAAUGUUAACUCAAGGAUUAGAGACAUUUGCAAAGGCCCAAGCAGGACUCUGAGGUCCAACCCUGUGGAUAAGCCUCAUCUACAGUGUAAAACUGAAAAGAAAUCAAGAAAGCCUUGUCAGGAGCACUUGUAAUGGAUUAAAGUGUCCAUGUGUGACGUUCAGGGUUUUACCACAGUAUGGUCUAUUUCCGUUUUUCUUUUUUCAAAAAUAUUUCAAAAAAAAAUUUUUUUAAAGAUCUAUUUAUGUAUAUGACACUGUCAUUGUCUUCAAACACACCAGAAGAGGGCAAUGGAUCCCAUUACAGAUGGUUGUAAGCCACCAUGUGGUUGCUGGGAACCGCUGAGCCAUCUCUCCAGUCCCUGUUUCUGUUUUUCUAACAUGUAAACUGGAGUUGUGUCCAGAUUAGAAUACAAAAGAUUAGAGUGCAUCAGGUUGUUCCCUUACGUUGGAAGCCAUCCAGAGACCUCCUCCAACUAUCUCAAAUAAUGGGGUGCCAUAACGCUGCAUAUUUCCUUUAGGGACUAAAAGCUAAUAAUGUUUGGGAAUAAGGUUGGGGCUGGCCUUUUUUGGUAGUAGGGAGUAAUGCAGGAGUAAGCGGGUUGGCCGAGGCUUUGUCCCUUCAAGGUUUUAAUUGCGCCUAUUGAUGAUGUCACGGCUAUGUUCUGGAGAGAUUGGCCAGGCAGUUCUCAGAAUGAUGAUAGUCUCGAAGGAAGGCAGGCAAGCAGAGGGGUGACCCUGGGAGACAAUGGGCUGCCUGGGAGGUGCUGGCCAGAGGGAAUGGGAACACCACCAAGUCAGGAAGAGGCCCAGGAGACAGGCUGACCCGAAACCGGUUGACCAAGCCUGACACUCUGUUGCCAGAAGGCCAACCUUGUCCAUCAGCCUUGACCCAGCCUGCCGUGAGUAGGACUGAGUCAGGGAUGUGAAUGAAAGAUGGUAUGGCAAUUGUUAACUCCUGUGGCACAGGCUGGAGGGGAUUGGUUUCCAGGUGCCUGCAUCUAGUCUUUUCUAAAAUUUUGUUGCUUACUUGGUUUGAAUAAAAGAGGUCUAAAGUGAA